AGGCAAUAAAUACUCGCAAGCACGAAUUAAACACCUUUUCUCGCCUUCACUCACAUUUUCCUUCUUGUUAGCCGCUUCGAAAGUAAGGCAUCUUACCGAUUCUUGUACAAACAUCCUUUGCACCGUCUUCAUCUCUUUUGCAGCAGAACCCCAGUCUUUGUGCUUUCUCUCUAGCGUCGAGUCCGUAAUACAGUGUCCAUGCCGGCGCGUGGGGUGAUAAUCGCUUCUUUCAUUAUUUCAGCCGCAAUUUGCACCGUGGGCGGCUAUUCUUACGAAGGCCGUUGUAAUAAGAACAUUUUGACUGUCUGCGCUGAUGAUAGUUCAUAUUUUCUUGUGAAAUGUUGGGAUGACCUUUUACCACGCCGUUUUGUGGACGACGAAGGGCGGCGGCACUUCGACGAGGAAGUACCCUCAAAACCUUUACGGCAACGCCUAGCCAACAACUACCGCGAAGACGAUUUGUUUACGCAAAAAUGCGUCGAAGAUGAGAAUGGGCAAUGGAUUCGUGUGCCACAAUUCAAUAUCACGAGCUACGAUCGACAGGAGACAUUCUACGUUCGUCAGCGGCAACUAAAAGAUUUGCUAAAAGACAAGGGAUAUUACUGCUGUUUUAAUACAACAUCCCGGCUCUGCCAUGAAACAUGGUUCCUCAGCGUACCAAUCCUUAUCCAGCAAAGUUACACUGCUGAGAACGGCGGAGAUGUGCAGACUGCAUUUACUUCUGUUCAACCGAGGGUUCAAAAAAGCGAAUCGCCCUACUCAAGUCAAUCUCUGAAACAAAACGCGUCAGCUGAAAACAUGGCAGGAAAUGUGGAAGUCAAUUUUCAUGCAAAGAAAUCGCCCGCGGAAAGCUUGCCAUCACAAUCUGCCAUUACCCAGGACCACAUGGGCGCCGGGGGUACAGUUGCCGUCGUCCUAGGCGUAACUGCAGCUAUCGGUGUUGCAGCCGCUAUUAUAUUUAUUGUCUACCGCAAGCUCCGCCCAGGAACUCGAAACAACCGUGGCAACUAUGGCCCGCCAGGCGCUCAAAAUUGGGCUUUUGCCUAAGAAAUCCAGGAUAAAGAUUAAUUUUUCGAAUCUGUGUAAAUUAGUGGUUGAAUAUUUUACGGUUGAAAGGUGGUUUUUGUUUUAAUGUCGGUGAUGCGGGCUCGGCUCAGAUCCUUUCCGGUGCUUUUAAUUUCCUUGUUCUAAUGCGGCCGAUAAAGUACUGACAGUGC